AUGUAUGAUUAUUGAUAUGAUGAUGCCAUUGCCUUGUACAAGUAUUGGUUGCCGAUCGUUUUAGUGUAAUCUUUUUGCUUUUGCUUUCAGAGAGGAGAAAACAAGAAUAAGAAUAUCUGUCUAUUGGCAAAUGCUGGUAGCUGGCAACGCACAUUUUACAGUGAAAUCAAAACCCUAGAAAACUAAAAGGCUUGAAAAGGCCGUUGAUUUCUAGUGUGGCGGCGUGGGCUGAGAAGUGUAAUCUCCAAUCUGGAGAUAUAUUUUCUGCAAAUCGGAUUACAUAUUGUGACACAAGGGUAUUUUAGGGUUAGGGUUUCUGAAAAUGGCGAAUACAAAGCCGUGGGGAGGAGCUGGGGCUGGGGCGUGGGCAGCCGACGUGGAACGUGAGGCGGAGGAGAAGGAGCAGCGCGCUGCAGCGGCCGCCAUGGCUCCUGACGCCCAGGAUUAUCCAAGCCUUUCUGAAGCAAUUUCGACAAAACCCAAGAAGAAAACCAAGGGGCAUACUUUAACCUUGUCGGAAUUGCAGUCCGGGCAGAAUGUUGGGCUUGGUGCGAGGUCUCGUGGUGGAGGGGUUACAGAAACUAAGGGUCUGACUACAGAGGAAAUGAUGAGUUUGCCCACCGGGCCUAGGGAGCGAACUGCGGAAGAAGAGUCGCAGUAUGGAAGAGGUGGCAUAGGGGGCGGAUUUAGAGAUUAUGGCAGGGGCAGUCGUUUUGAGAACAGAGAUCGUGGCGAUAGGGGCGACAGGGGCAGCAGGGGUUAUGGUGGUUUUGAUGAUGAGAGAAGGCAGGGUUCUGAUAGGGAUAUGCCCUCUAGGGCCGAUGAGGCUGAUAAUUGGGGUACCACGAAGAAAUCUAUGCCGCCUCCGGGGGAUCAGCCUGAGAGGCGCCGCUACAAUGGGGAUCGGUAUGAGGGUAUUGGUGGUGGUGGUUCCAAAGCUGAUGAAGUGGAAAACUGGGGCUCUGGAAAAAAGUUUACCCCCAGUGGGCCCCCCUCAGAGAGGAGAUCUAUGGGAUUUGGUUCUAGCUACAGAGACCCCGGAUUGGACUCCGACCGCUGGGGAAAGAAAGAGUCUUUUACUGAUGAUCGGUCCGAGAGGCCCCGGCUUUCUUUGAAUCCGAGAACUAUAGCUGAUCCAGUUUUGAACCAUGCUCUCGAAGAUGGUGCUCCGAGAUCGGCCAGGCCUAACCCCUUCGGAAAGGCCCGUCCACGGGAGGAAGUUCUUGCUGAGAAGAAUAUUGAUGCCAGAAAGCUUGAUGGUGAGUUUGAUUCCAAAGUAGAGAAUAAGAUUCCCAGCAGACCUUCAAGUUCACAUUCUAGUCGCCCUGGGAGUGCUGACUCUAAAUCUGAGGUGGUGACGAAACCUCGACCAAAGAUUAAUCCGUUUGGAGAUGCAAAACCGAGGGAGGAGCUCUUGGCUGAAAGAGGCAAAGACUAUCUCAAAAUGGAUUUUGAACUGGAACACCGUCGUGUUGACAGGCCCGAGACAGAAGAGGAGAUAAGAUUGAAGGAAGAAAUUAAUGCUUUGAAAGCUCAGGCAACAGAAACAGGCAGUGAGCAGCAUCUUGUAAAUGGUGAGACUUCUGAAGGAGAUCAGCGUGCAUUGUAUGAAGAAAUAUUGUCCAAAGAGAAAAAAUUGGAACUUCUAAUUAGGGAUUUGGAUGAUAAAGUUCGUUUUGUGAAAAGAAACAAUGAUAGGCCAAUUUCAGCGGCAGGACGGCCUCCUGAAUCUUUUGAUAGGCCCAGAUCUCAGUCAGGGCGCCCAGAUGCUGGGAAUAGUUUUGAAUCACUUGGCAGACCCAGAUCUCGUGGUGGUGAAGGUGGGGGACCAGAUGUGUGGAGGUCUGCAGAAGAAAGACGAGGGGCAUAUGGUGGUAGCAGAGACAGGUUUUUUUCCAAUCGAGAGAGGUCUGAUUUAAGGAGAUGGUGAAAUCUGGAGAUAUUUCCCAAUUCAUUUUUCUCUUCAUCAGGAACUUGAAUUUCUCACUAAUGAAAGACUUAUUCAGGGCUUCCCUGUCAAUUUAUUUGUAUAAUAGUUUAAUAUCUUAUUUGUUGUGUUUCAAAACUAUAAGACAUGGACUGGUGAGUGAGAUAACCUUCUCAUUUUUCUUUAUGCUUCCUUGAGUUUAUCAUUCACAGAGUGAAUCUACCUCUGAAACUCAAUAGGGGUGGUUUUGCUUCGACAUUUUGAAAUCUGAUCUUCAUGGAUUGCAGUGAAGACCAUUACAACAAAUGAUGGGUGUUUAGUUGAGGGUUGAAGUUCAUAAUUAUGCAAGUAGAAAUCAUUCUAUUUGCAUUCUUAUGUCUGAAGGCGUUAUUUUUUUCGAAUGUUGUAUUCAGGAGACUUCACAAAUCCAUGGCUCAAAUUGGUGCCAAUGCUCAUUGUGCGCAAUGUGCACAAGAAUGCUUUUGUUCUUCAGACAUCUGUGUGCCAUGGAUAGGCUAGGUUUUUUAGGUUAUUGCUCUAAAGUUUUGUAGUCACAUGAUUUUUAAUGCCUUUUAUGCGGUUCAUUUUAGCAACUUAGCUGUAGUGCAGACAUUUUCUGCGAAGACUUGAGCAUCUGAGUUGUACUCUUUAAGUACAUGCGUAUAAAUAUUAUAGAAAUUUUAACUUGA